UUAGCAAUUAAAAUAAAGAUAAGAUCCAAAUCCAACCUUUAAACAAAUCUCCAACACAUUUCAAGCAUACAAAAUAAAAGUGCCAAAAGAGGCUUUGGAAUUUUCUCUCAAAAAUGGAAAGCAAAAUCCCGAAAGGUCAAAUAGCAAUAAAAUAGAAAAACCAAAACCCAUUUAAUAAGAGGUAAAUUAGUAAGAAGCAAAGGGCAAAAUAGAAACCCACAAACACUACGUCUCUACGUGUUCGACCUUCAUGGCAAACUUGGCAAGCUAUAAAUUUGGAACCUCUCACUGCAGCAAUCCCCACAGUUUUAGUCAAUCUUAGGGCGCAGUGCCUUUCUCUCUUUCUUAUUUGUUUCUUUUUCUCUAUAGCUUCAUUAACAAGGUGUUUGGUGAAAUUCCUGAGUGAAGUGAAAGAAAUGGGUGUUUCUUUCAAGGUUGCCAGGGUGGGUUCGAGAUAUAAGCCUAAGUUGCUUCAGAUUGAAGAGGACAAUGAAAUUGAAAAUGGCUAUGGAAAUGAUCACCAAGAUAGGCUUAAUGAGGGUAGAUUUGAUCUCAUAGAAGAUAAGGUUGCUGGCCAUUCAAAGGAAUUGGCUGAACCUGCACUGCACCGAGUGUUGGAAGAUCCUGAGGUGUCCUUUUCACUGAAUCUAUUUGAAAAUGGCUUUUCUUUUGGAAAGCCUGCAGAGGUUUUCAAUGAUGUACCAAAGCAGUUGGUUCCUUAUGAUAGAGCCUCAGAGACACUUUUCACUGCCAUUGAGUAUGGAUGGUUACCUGGAGACGUUUUUGAUCAAAUACCUUGCAAGUAUGUCAAUGGAGCAGUUCUUUGUGAGAUUCAAGAUUAUCGUAAUUGUUUGUCCCAGAAGGCAGGCACUGCCGCAGCUGAAAGCUCUCCAACUAUUCAUAAAGUGCUUCUACAGAUGUGUAUGGAGAAUGUUGUAAAGGACAUUUUAUCUAUGUCAAAUGAAUCUUGGUCAUAUGGAGAUCUAUUGGAAGUUGAGUCCCGCAUUCUUAAGGCUUUGCAACCUGAUCUUCAUCUGAAUCCAAACCCAUUGUUGGAUAGGUUUUGUGAAGAAACUCCAACUAAGAAGAUUAAUUUGGGAAUCACCUGGGGUUGGAAAAAGAGAAAGCUAAGUUGUGUACCUAACUCCGACUCACAAAGUGGGAUCUGCUUGCCAAGUAUAGGGAGCACCCAGGAAUCCAAUUUUCAAUUUGGUUUAGCAUAUCAUGGUAUAGAAGUCCCAACUUCACAGAAGAAUAUUUCAAGAGUUGUCCCCAGUUUACAAGCGGGUAAGGUUGCACAAGAUAAUAUUCAUAACUAUCAAUCAGUGGAUGGGUGCAACAAAUAUGCUGCAGCGGAUUUGUCUUCACCUACUGCAAGCAUUGGCAGAGAUAAGAGAGAACCUCCUUCAUUAGUUCCUUCUGAGAGGAGCGAAUGUGAAACAGAAACAGUUGAAAGACUUAUCCUUAAGAAACCUAGGCAAGAACCUGACUUCACAUUGGAGCAGCUUCUUGGGAAUCUAGCUGAAAUUGGUCUGUCACCUGAAUUACUGAGGAAAAAUAAUCUGAUGUAUCAACAAGUUGGAGCAGAGAAAAGUAUUCUUGAAAGAUAUCAUGACCUGAGAGGAUCUUUGUCAUUGACAAAUAAAGGUCAGCAUGAAAUUCUAGAAGGAAACCCAAAGCUGCCUACUGGAAUGCCCAAUGUUACUGUGAAACAAGAGCCUCUUGAAACUACUGAUUUUCCCAAUUCAGAUGUUAGGAAGGUCAAAGAUAAAUCCAUUAUAAUGGAUUUGAGAAGUAAUCAAUCUGAUCUUCAGCAACUAUUGCAAAAAUCAACAUUAUCAUUAAAAGCUAAUAGUCAUCCUGCUGUUGCUGUUGACAAAAAUUUGAGAAAUGAAAAUGUUACCCAGAAACUUUUGCCUAGUCCUCAAGUAACUUCUGAUGUUAGAGCUGCAUCAUUAAGAUUGUUACAUGGUGAGUCCUUGCCAGGAGAGGCCUCUGUACCUACAAAGCAAAAGAAGAAUAUUUGUCCCAGAGGCUCAAGAAUAAAGAUGAUUGAUUCACUUGCCGGCACCAGAAAUAAGAGUCCAUUGUCAUUAAAAGCUAAUAGUCAUCCUUCUGUCACUGUUGGAAAAAAUUUGAGAAAUGAAAAUGUUACCCGGAAAGUCUUGCCUAGUCCUCAAGUAACUUCUGAUGUUAGAGCUGCAUCAUUAAGAUUGUUACAUGGUGAGUCCUUGCUAGGAGAGGCAUCUGUACCUACAAAGCAAAAGAAGAAUAUUUGUCCCAGAGGCUCAAGUAUAAAGAUGAUUGAUUCACUUGCCAGCACCAGAAAUAUGAGUACAGCUGAUGCAAUUGCUGCUUCAGGGAAUCUUCAUUCAAACAUGGUUUCAGAUGUCGAAUGUAACCCCUACCUUGAAAGGUUUUUGAAGAUUGGAGGGGUGACCCAAAGGUACAGAAUGAAUGAUGAGCACAAAGUGGAUCAACGGUUGCCAAGUAAACCAUUUUUUCAUACUGCCCUUGUUGCUUUCCAUCUUGCUAAUUCUGAGGACAGAAUGUUGAAAGAUGCUACCACUAAUGGGAUUCCUUUAUCAAAAUGCUUCAUAGAUAGGAAACUUAAUGUUUCCAAGACCAGGACAUUGACGUUUGUACAUGAAGCUUAUGUUUGUCAAAGAAAUGGAAUUUUCCAGGAUGUUAGCGGGGCCCAGAUUAAACUGGUCAUGUCAGAGAUGGUCAAUGAGGGAAAUGUGGAAAUAACUCUUGUUUAUGAACAAGAAGGGAGAGAUUCCAUCAGUUUGCCUCUUUCACCAAACUGUCCUAGUACUCAUUUUGCAGAUCUCUUUGCUGCUCAGUUCCAGUCAUUGUUGGAGAAGGAAGGAUACCGCAUAGCUAGAGAUCACAUACAACCUAUGGUUCUUAAUUCUGAUGGCCAGUCAAGUAGUCAACAUCCAGCUGUUUUCCAGUGUGACACUGCAGCAUGUGGAUCCGUUCUACAGUCAUCUCCAACAUUAAUCCCAGGACCGUCAGCUUCCACACUUCGUCCCAUGAAGAGCAGAAUGUCAGCCCGUAGCUCCUGGCAGCUAUCGUCCCAAAAUAUUCAAUCUAGAAGCCCUCUGCUACCCCCUGUAAACUUCCAGUUGCCCUUCCAAAGCUUGUCCAAUAAUUUAUCCAAACCACAGCUUGACAUUGCUGCACAAGUGAGCCCAAUGAAUCCACAAUGGCCAGAGAUUUUGAACAAACAUGCCCAUUUACAGUUUCAGAUGAUGCAAAGGCAGAGACAACAGGAGCAACUCAUGCAAAAGAAGACAUUGUUGGGAGGAUUGGAUGCAGCUAUGGGCAGUCCAGAUAUAAUGCAAUUGGAUGGUAAUAUUCACAGGAUAGGAGAUGCUGUUAUGGCCUUGGAAGGGCCCAUGAAUUCACCACAAAGGGGACAAGUUCCCUGGAUUGGCAACUUGGGGCAGUUUAAUAAUCUUGGCAGCAAUAUAUCCAGUUUGAAUGAGAGGAAAAAAUGCUUUGGCAUGAUGUCUGAUCACCCUUCUUCACUUCUGGCAAAGCUGGGGCUGGGGGCGCCAGAAGCUGUUGGGGGAGCUAUGAUGAAUCGAAUUCCAAUCCAAAGAAGCAGUGGAGGGGUACAAAUGCAGAGACCAACUAUUCCAGACAUGGCUUUUCUUUCGCAAAAUCAACCACUGCCACAGCCACAGGUACAGCAGCAGUUGCAAAUGCCAUAUUCACAACAGCAAGCAGGUAGACUUGCUGAGCAUGUGAGUUCACCCUUAGGUCAGGUUAACCUACAACAAUUUGAUCAACUACAGCAAAUUGGCACCCUGCAAUGGAGCACCAAAUCAGCAGUACAGGGGACUAAUGAUGGGAAUGCCUUGUGCCAAUGGUAGUUCCUGAAUGAAAAAUAUCAUGUUUUGGCGUGGACGGUAGGACUCUUACCAUAUGACAAUAUGGGGUGCAUGAAUUGGGAGUGUGAUGUAAAUACCCAAAUAGAUGACAUACAAACAUACAGGAAAGUGUUCCUGGCCUUGCGUCUUUUGUUGUUGUUGCCUAGACUAGUGCUGUGUAAAACAUCCGUUCUUGAAAUUUCAAAAUGGUUGGUUUUUGUUUAGUCAGUGGAUUCAACUUUGUUAAGUAUCAAUGAACUUUAAUUUAGUGGUUUUGGAGAUA